AUGUCGCUCCCCAGGAGUUACCGGACUGCGACGAGGCAGAUUCGCAGCUUCUCCGUCUCUACCAAACUGCGUGUCGGCCCCGAAUCUCCCAACUACAUCGAGGUUCCUCAAACAUUGCAACCCGAUCUUCCCGCAAAGCCUCGAGUCAAGGGUACUCUACCUAUUCCGCGUGAAAUAUUCCCUGCCCGUCGCCCCGACAAACCUACGCCGGCCUACAUCUCUGCCGUGACUCCGGAGCCGAGCAAGGUGAAGACAAUCAAGAAGAACGAUCCCAAUGCAGAAACUAUUGCUUGGAAGCAAAGGAUGGCAGAGAACCGACGACAAAACUUGAGGGAAGGUUUGCUCGAGUUAUAUGAAAGAAAACAGACUACGGUUGCAUCGAUAACGCGGCGCAGUGCGGCCAAGCAGGCCCGACGAGAGCGCGUAUUGAGACAGCCGGAAAGAGACGAUGAGCGCUUGACAAGGCAAUCUGUCGUUCAGGGUCUGAAGGAGCAACCCUCUAUCUUACCUGAUCCCGACCGAGAGAUUCGCAUUGCCCAGUCACGCGAGCGAGUUUUGGAGAGGCAGCUUCAGAAAUCUGCUGAACGCAACCACCACCUUCACACCUUGUACGUGAAUGCUCGAGACUUCAUCGUUACAGAGGAGCAGCUCAUGAAGGAGAUUGAGGACAAAUUCCGUGAAGAUGGCGGCGAUGAAUGGCGUUCGGACAGCGGAACUGGAACCAAUGUGUGGAACAAGGGAGCACCGCCUACGAUUCAAAGCAUCGUCAACACUCAGACGAAGGAUGAUAAUGGAAGAUGGCGAAUUGAGCAGGAGAGAAUGAAGCAGGUGGUUGAGGAGAUGACAGGAGGAAAGAUGUAG